AUGUCAGCGUCAACGAGGGCUAGUUCUGCAAGACCUAACAAUGCCCGAAAGCGUGUCCCAAAAGCUUGUGUAAGAUGUCGUGAUCAGAAGAUUAGAUGCUCAGGCUCUCAGCCGUGUCAACAAUGCGAUAAGAGAGGAUUGACAUGUCGAUUUGAUGAUGAGUCUCGUAAAGUAGUGGUUUCGAGAGGAUAUAUCAACAGACUUCAAGAGAAGUUGGCAUCUCUUGAAAAUAAGGCUAACCAACAGACCCUUAUCGAUGCUACUGCUGGACAGUCGGAGAGUCCUGAAUUUGAACGUAUCGCAUUAUCUGGUGAUAACCAUGAUAUUUCAGGACUGACAAUAAAACCCUCGGCGUCUAUAUCGCCUUAUGGUCCAGCAGAAACACAACAUCAACAAACUGGUAGUGAAGCAAAAGCCCCCCUUAUCAAUCCGCUAGCCUUUCACACAUACGACUUUGUCCCGGGGAUUACAGGCCAACUUUUAUUCAUGGGAACAUCAUCGAAUUGGUCCUUCAACAAGAGGGUCCUGACCAUGACACACGAACGUCUCACAGGUACUCCAUUGCCAACUCACAACCUGCACUUUGCUGGCCUCGAAGGGAAGGUAUUCGAUCUGAGAUGGGAUGGCACAAGGAGAUCUACGACCCAGGAUAUACCAGACAUGUCCACGCUACCUACCAAGGAUUUCGCCCUCUAUCUUAUCAACUCGGUCAAGUUUCACUGCAGCUGGCUGUACAACUUAUUCGACGAGGAUGUCUUUAUGAAGCGAUUCCAUCGCUUUCACAAAAACCGUGCUGAGCAUAUACGAGAAGAGCCCUUGUGGUUUGUUCAUUACCUUUUGGUGUUGGCUCUUGGGAAAGCUUUUGUCGUGCAGUCAACCAAAUCUAGAAGACCUCCUGGCAGUGACUUUUUUGUGCAGGCCAUGAAGCUUAUGCCAGACUUCAACUUUUUUGAGUGCGAUAUCAUAGACGAGAUGCAAGUUCUGUGUUGCGCUGCCCUCUAUCUACAAUGCGUGGAUCGUAUCCAAGAGGCCUAUCGUCUGGUUUGCUCGGCUCUUCGUCAUGGGUUAGAAUACGGUAUACACACAGAAAUGCAACCCAGUGUUCUUGACGAAGCAUAUGUACAGAGAUGUCGCCACAUGUUCUGGACAAUUUACAUUCUCGAACGCCAGAUGGGCUCUCUUCAGGGACUUCCGUUAGGCAUAUCCGACGAGGUUAUAAGCGCACGCUUCCCUGUAUUUCCAGGACAGCCACAGAAAUUAGAGGCUUUGAAGAUACAUGUUGAUUUCUGCCGAGUGCUUGCAAAGAUAGAUCAGACUGUAUACGGACUUGAAGGAAAACUCGACAGUAGAUAUCUCGGCGCCACUCAAGAAGUGCUCAAAAGCAUUGCGACUGUGACUGAGAGACUCAACAAAUCAUUUGAGGUCCAGACAAGCGAAGGCAUGGCUGAGACCUUCCUACGUUUCGACCAAGAUGCAACACUUACCGCAACAAUCGCACUUCUUAUGGCUUCUGCAAUUGACUCGUCCUUAUUACCCGAUCACUCUCCCUGGACACAAAGGGCCUACGCAAUUCUCGAUGAGAUGGGUUCUCGCGGCAAUCUGGUCGCCCCCAUGGUAGCAUCUGAAUUGAAGCAGCUGGAAGGACUGCUUCGAGGAUUUUUGCUCAACAACGAAGCAAGAUCUUUAAUCGCGACACAAGAAAACAGUACGCCAAGGGAAGUGCUGGUAGAAGAUAUGGAGCCUAUUACGGAGCCCAUCACUGGAUAUGCUGAACCAUUCAACCUUGAUUCCGAAGAUGAGUUUGGACUGGGGUUGAAUUAUGAGCUCAGUGCAGAGCAGCUCUUGAAUAUUGCAAACUCGCUGGAUAUAGAUAGCUUGACGUGGCCUUGGCCGGAGGAUCCGAUGGUUGAGGGCACAUAG